CUGUAUCAAGAUGAGUUUAUUUUUCUUGUUUUCCUUUCUAAUUUUGGCAAGACGAAUUCAGUUGAUUCAAUAUUUUCAGGAGAUAUUCACAUGUGCAGAGUUGACGUACAGUAUAGCGAAUUCACGGGUAGAGCACAUGAAACUAACGUCAUUUAUAGGAAAACUCAAAUAUUAGUUCCUUGCUCACGAACCUUGGACUUCAUUUUGGCAGCUAAGAGACUGGACGUCACUUCACCUGCUCACGUAAACAUUUUCGCGGUUAGAAGCCGUCGAGAUCGGAGCGGACAUUUCGCUGGGAAAUAAACUUUGUUGUUUGAACAGAAUUUUGUACGUCAGAACGAAGAUGGAACUUGUUUAUGUGACCUCUUGGUUGUUCGUUUUGAGCGUAGUCUUUCCAAAAUGCGCCGAAAGUUUAGGAACUUGGUCUUAUCACGGUCAAGAAAACCCUGGCACGUGGAAAGACCAUUACAGCGAUUGCGGAGGACGCAAUCAGUCUCCAGUAAACAUUGUGCCCAAAAACACGAUUUUCGACGCAGGACUGGCCGACUUGACUAUCAACUACGAACCUAACGUCUCUGCCUUCCUGCAAAAUAACGGGCAUAGCGUUCAAGCUUCGUUUUUAACCGGCAAGUCCAAUAUUUCUGGUGGUGGUUUGCCGUCGCGUUUUCAAGCAGCCCAGUUGCACUUUCACUGGGGAAGCGAGAAUUCACGUGGUUCAGAACACCAAGUAGGUGGACGAAAAUACCCCAUGGAAAUACACAUUGUGCACUACAACGCAGAGAAAUAUCCGAACGCCUCGACGGCUAUGAAGAAAGCGGAUGGUUUGGCCGUGUUAGGUGUACUGGUGGAAGUGCAGGCUAGCGACAACCCAGUGUUUAAUGUGAUAGUGGACAGGCUAGAAAAGAUUCGUUAUAAAAGCGAUAACGUUACUAUAGAUUCUCUACAACCUUUUUUGUUUUUACCACACGACAUCGCCCAGUUUUACACGUAUAAAGGUUCGCUGACGACCCCUGGUUGUUUUGAGAGCGUACAGUGGUUUGUUUUCAAUCAUACGUUUGGCAUCUCCGAGGCGCAGCUCGAGAAAUUCAGAUCAAGUACUUUCGAUGGAAAACGCCAAGACACGAAAAAAUCGCAUUUGAGUGACAAUUUUAGACCAGUUCAGCCUUUAAAUGGAAGGACAGUCACUCGAAGCUUUAAGCGUCCACCAUUUCCCUGUGGUAAGACUUCAAACACAACAAUGGACUGUUUAGGUUUUGCCGAUGACAAAGCAGUUUUCUAUGAAGCGACGGUUGACAUGUGUACAUUACCAGCGAUAGUAACAUUACAAGUCUCUCAGCCUGACACUGAUUUUCUAUUUGCUGGAACCUACUACGCUGAUAUAAAUCCUCCCCAAAAAAUAGGAAAUCUUGAUUAUGGAUUUAACUUGGAAAUGCAUUCUCAUAAAAGUGUGAUGGAUCAAGGAAGUUUGCAUGUCUCAAUUAGUCAAGUUCAUCCAUUGUCGUCAAAACAAAGAAAAGAGCUGGUUUCAGAAGAUUUCCUUGAAGACACUUGCCAACUUGGCAAAUGUAUUACACGGUCAUGCAAUAGGCACUGGUGUGAUGGCACUGCUAUUGGCUAUUAUGAUGAUACUAUUUACGUUGGGUUUUCUUCCACCUUCCGAGAUCUAACAGCGGCAAGCCCUUCUGUUGAUGUUAACUUCUAUCGCAACCAGUCAGGCACUUGGCAUCGAACGGCAACAGAAACGUUUGCUAACAAUGAAGAAAAACUUGUGCAUCUUACGGGAAUGCUUGUUGGUAGCAAGCCAUCAGCAAGACAUCGAAGAAUGGCUGUGGAGUCUUCACAGUGGGAGAAUGUAACUUUUAAAGCCAAGAUAAGCAGAACAUCGGAUAAAGUAUCUUACCAGCUUUACAUGGUUCCAGCAAAUGGGCUUUAUUACAAAGUAAUCAAAGAUGAAUAUACACUGGAUUGCGUUAAACCCCAGCCAACUGCAAAGCGACUAAGUAAGGGCACCAAGAUUGCCAUUGGAGCGUCAGUUAUUUCAAUGGUAGUAGCACUUGUGGGUGUAACCAUGGGGAUACUUUACUGCAGGCGAAAGGAGUACUCAGGUCACAGACCCACGCUAAUGGAUGACAUUGAUGCUCAAGAUGACUAUAGGUUAUGAGCUGUUCAAAUUUGAGAUGAAUUGAUCUUCACGCAUAUUGGUUUCACCUCUAUAAAAUCACAUCUAGAGCAAGGCCAAAGGGGUGGGGGCAGUACUCUCUUGCUACAAUUUGGAGAUUUUAAGAGAGCACUUAACAUACACUGUGAUCCCAUUUUGUAAUUAAAUUAAUAAGGCUUAAAAAGAAUUUUUCUAUACCUGAGUAAAAGGCAAAGAUUGCUUCAAAUAGCCUCUUUUCUGACAGUUCCCAUCAUUUGUUUUGGCUUAUAAUGAUUAAAAAGCAGCAUGAUGACUCUAAUUUAAAAUUUCCAGCAGUACCAAUUGUAAAGCAAAGGCUUCCUUUCCCAAUUUCUUGAUGGAAUAAAGUAAGUUUUCAAUCCAAGCACUUGGCAAGAUGACAGGGCUUGAAAAAAACUUGAAUUCUAGCUUUCACUUUGGACAAGCAUCUCUCAAAUUCUGUUUGCCCUGGGCAAGUCUUAGUAUACCUUGUUUUAAUUUUGGGGGCAGAUGACUUGCCCUUUUCCAUUAGGCAAGUGACAAUGAAAAGUGACUUGCUCAGCAGGAAAAUCUACCUGUCCUGGAUGACUAAAUGGCACUUUUUUAAGCCCUGUAAGAUGUAUCUUCAAUCCAGACCUACAUGUCACUUGGUUCAUGUACAAAUGUCAUGUAAUUCAAACAUUUACCUAAAGUUCUGUUUAUAAGUAAACUUUCUUUUGAUAGAUGUAUAUAUAAUAAACACAGCAUUCCUUUCAUAUUUACCCCUA